UCCACAGCCCACGACGUCGGCCAAUUGACCCUCCCCUCUGUCCGUUCAGAGAUGGCGACCAAAUACGCGUUCACAAAGUCCCUCAAGGAGGUCCGCUUCCUCUUCUGCCAGACGUCAGAGCAGAGCGCCGCGACCAGGGCAUUCCUGACGAGGACCUACCCGACAAUGAAGAAGCACAACCCCUCCACACCCAUCAUGCUGCGCGAGGCACAGGGGACUCAGCCCAAGGUCUACGCGAGAUAUGAGUUUGGCAAGGAGGAGAGCAAAUCGUUAGAAGGUCUCUCGGACAAGCAAAUCGAGGAUACGGUGACUGGGCUGGUACAGCAGAAGGCAUGACGGGCGGGCAGACAAGUGGACCGUUUGGGCCGAGGUGGAAGCUACACACAACAAUAUGAGCCGUGUUUGACGGUUGUUGGGAACUGAGAGUCCGUCCAAGAAGAGUGCGGAAGGGAUCCUAUGGGCUGGGCUGAGCUGAGCUGGGGAAUGUUAGCCCUGGUGGAACCACACGAAGAGCUGUCCCAUGCUAGGGGAGAAUAAGAAGAGGCCAGGUAAAAAAACAAAAGUAAAACCGAAUUGAAAGGCCAAGGCCACACACCAUCACUACUGAACAUCAAUAUCGAGGGUCGUGAGGGUGGAGAUAGUAAAGCCAAGGACGACAAGAUCAUAUAGUGUGAUCAACUUCACUCGAUUCUCUCAUGACUGUUUUGUACUCUACAGACUGACCCAAUAGACA